UUGUAAUUGGACCGCAUGGUCGUGGAUGAUACACCAACGACUCGCGCGCCGCCGAAGCUGCUCGACGCACCCUUCUUCCCCCGGCUCCAGUGCGCUGCCUGCCCCCAGGCCUCCUCCUUGAUCUCGCCGCCAUCGCUGCCGCCGCCGUAUCCUCCAUCCUCCCGGAGCCUCCUCCUCCUCCUCCUCCUCCUCGAUCUAGCCGCGGUAUCCUCCGUCCUUCCAGAGCCUCCUCUGCCUGCUUUUCGGGUGCUCCUCAAACUCGUCUUUCCCCUUGUACCUCUCUAUUUCUCUCUCUGGCCUUCGAUCCUCUUCAUUCUUUACCCUUUCGAACUUCUUGCAUCGUUCGUGAAGCAAAUGAUGAGAAGGAUAGCAUUGCAAAAAGAACUUCUGCGUCAGCCUAGCUUGUGUGGGCUAAUCUCCUCCAAACAAGUGCUGCCUCUCUUCUUCAGACACCAAUCCUUUCGCACUGAUAAUGGUAAUUCUGGCCGAAACAGUGAUAAUUCAUUUGAGAGCUCAGAUGACUUUGAACGACGCUUAUUUGGUGAUAUAAGCAAUAAUGAAAUAAAUGAUUCAUUUUAUCGCAAACUUGACAAACUUGAGAAGGCUCAUGGAAGAUCUGGCAUUGGCUCCAAAUUGAACAGUGAUGAUUCUCGAAUCAUAGAUGGUAUAAGUGAUAGUUUUAAUUCAUUGUCAGAUGGUAUGGAUGAAAAGUUGAAGGAAGCAGCUCGUACGUUUGUUUUUAGUGAUGAGAUACACGAUGAAAAUUAUAAAUUUAGACCAGAUGUGACAUUUUAUCCUGGUAUGACUUACACAACAAGGGAUCUUGAUCUUACAAAACCUGGGGUUCAAAAGAGAUUCAAAAGAAAUGAGUUUGAGACAACCACACAAGAGGUUCUGAAGAAAGCUGAUUUCAGGAAUGUGAGGUUCCUCUCAAAUUUUCUGACUGAAGCAGGAAUUAUAAUUAAAAGAAGCAAGACUCGUAUCAGUGCCAAAGCUCAGAGGAAAGUUGCGAGGGAGAUUAAAACUGCACGGGCUUUUGGACUAAUGCCGUUCACUACCAUGGGAACGAAGCCUUUUAUCUUUGGGAGAAGUAUGAAAGAUGAAGCUGAGGAUUACGAACACCAACAUAACACCGCUAGCACUGCCACAGAUCCUUAGGAGGAAAGCUGAGGUGGGCAUUAAGCCAGCUAGGUUUAAUUCAGGUGUAUGGAUCUUUUAUCUUGACAACCAAGAGGCAGCAAAAGGGGUACCACAAAAAGGUGGCUGUUUACACUCAUCAGUUAUUUAGCUCAAUAAAUGUUACUGCCUGCUGUAGAAAGUUGUUCAUCAUGUUGCUUUAGGAUCGACGUCUAUUAUUCUCAUGAUAACAGAGAUCACAGCUCAGAGCAACGAUUUGCUUUCCUCCACUGCAUGGGCUUUCUCAUUGAUUGUUUGUGUAGUAGUCCUUUUGAGGAUGAUAUCUUUGGUGUUUUUUUAUGCGUAGAAUGAAAUCUGCUAUUAAAUUGA